UCUGGGAAGACGUUGGCACGGAGCAGGGAGCCUGCGAAGACCCAGGCAAGGCCGAGCGUUGGGCCCCGGGCCCAGCGAGCGGGUGGCAGGGCCCAGACGCUGUCCAAGGGCUCGCCGGCGAGCCUGGAACCUCGCCCCCGCACCGGCGCAGAGUGGUACAACCCAUAGGGGCGGAGCCCGGAUCAUGUGACGCGAGCGCGGCCGCCAUCUUGCUCUGCGGUGCUGGUAUUUAGAGCGCAGCGGCUGACUGGCGGCGUCGCCUUCGCGGAGCCGCCUCGAGAGUCUGCGCUCGCUUGCCCGCUCGCUCUCCCGCCGUCCUACCCCCGCCGCCGGCCGAGCUCGCCCUCUCCCCGCUUGCAGACAUGGCUGACAUCAAGAACAGCCCCGAAUAUGCCGCGUUUUUCGCUGUCGUAGGCGCCUCGGCCGCCAUGGUCUUUAGCGCCAUGGGAGCCGCCUAUGGCACAGCCAAGAGUGGCACCGGCAUCGCAGCCAUGUCGGUCAUGAGGCCAGAGCUGAUCAUGAAGUCCAUCAUCCCAGUGGUUAUGGCGGGGAUCAUCGCCAUCUACGGCCUGGUGGUGGCAGUACUUAUCGCCAACUCCCUGACUGACGGCAUCACCCUCUACAGGAGUUUUCUUCAGCUGGGUGCUGGCCUGAGUGUGGGGCUGAGUGGCCUGGCUGCUGGCUUUGCCAUUGGCAUCGUGGGGGAUGCCGGUGUUCGGGGCACUGCCCAGCAGCCACGACUGUUCGUGGGCAUGAUCCUGAUCCUCAUCUUCGCGGAGGUGCUCGGCCUCUACGGUCUCAUCGUGGCCCUAAUCCUUUCCACAAAGUAGCCCUUUCCCACCACCGGUCACAGGAUAGGAUGUAAAGACCCCUCCUCAUUCCAGAACGAACAGCCUGACACACACGCACGGGCAGCUGCCCCCUCAGUAGUUGGUCUUGUAAAUGCGCAGUGUCCUAGUGCCCAUUGUCUGUUGCCCCGCCUGGCCCCUGCCGCCCCGUGCUGUGGACAUCUGGGCCCACUCAUCUCCCAUCCAGGCCCCUGACCAGUGAGGAUGUCAGCCUCUGGCUCCCCCACCCAUCGCCCUAGAGUGCUCUGUGUAUAAGGAUAAAUUAGAGUUGUCAUUUUUCUCUUCACUGGAUGUUUAUUUAUAAAAGAUUUGACCUAUUCAUGCGUCUGUGGAGCAGCCCUGUCUCCCAACUAUAUAGUAAUCAUUAGUAAAGUGUUGCCUUGUGGGGUUCCUGUUGCUGAGACUCCUUGGAUGGAGCCACCCUCCCCCCAGCCCUGGACAGCCAGGGUGGAGGGUAGAGUGUUACCGCUCAUCAGGGCUGGCUCCCAGCUGUGUCCAAUAAAACUUCUUGGAUGUGA